AUGGCCAACGUCUCUCAGAAGACAUUGCAUUGGCUCUACAACGUUUUGAGCAAGGAAUAUCGUGACCCGAAUCGCGCCUAUUCAGAUCUUGCGCAGACAUUGGAACGUUUCCCUACCAUUUCUCCGCGAACAGAUGUCUAUACUUUCGAGAAUGGGUCGUCCGCCCUCCUUGUACGUCUGUAUGGCACCCUGCCGGUGUCCUUUCGGAACAUGACAUACCGCUUCCCUGUGGAGAUCUGGAUUCCACAUACAUACCCCCACGAGCCCCCAAUCGCAUACAUUACGCCUACAAGCGAGAUGCUUGUAAGGCCUGGAAGACACGUCAGUGGUGAGGGCAGGGUGUACCAUCCGUACCUGGCGCAUUGGGCUACAGCAUGGGAUAGGUCGAAUGUGGUUGAGCUUCUUUCAAUACUCGGCGACGUCUUUUCGAAAGAGCCGCCGGUUAUAUGGAGACAACAGGUCGGCAGUAUCCCACAGCAAUCUCCAAGACCACCACCGCUACCUCCUCAUCCUCAUGGACUAUCUCAGACAUCUCAUAAUAGCGCUACGCAAUCUACCUCCACAGCACAAAGUCCUCCACCACCGCCGCCACCUCCUCCACCUAAGCAACAAAUGGGAGCAGAUAUCAAUGGAGUACUAACACCAACUCCUUUAGGUCGAUAUGAUGCGCCUCCUCCACUACCAGAUUCUGCACGCUCGGCAUCCACACAAACAAACCCAACCCUUCAUGCUAGCCCCAAAACUUCUUCCUCUCAGUUUAUGCCACAACGAAACAGUAGCUUGAGACAGUCCAUGACACCUCUACAGUUCCAACAGCAGCAGAACUUCUCCCCACCGAUGUCCUCUCAGGGUGUAAACAAUGCCUCAUUCUCAACACCCCCAGAUGGAAUCCCUCCCCAAUCUGUUGUUUCUUUGACAUCACCUUCAGAAACACGUCUUCUCUACCGGCAAAGUUCGACUUCACAAUCAGAACAACCGCCUCAGAAUAUCCCUUACAGCCAACCUCAGUUUCAGCCCGCAGCACCUAAUUUCCCAUCUCAUCCACAGCAAAAUUCAGUGGUCACUACCCAGCAUCAACGACAACCAGUGCAUCCGAGGCCACCGCCUCAACCAAAGCCGCCACCGGUGAAUCUGCUCGAUUCGCCAUUCGACAUCAACCUACCAGUCUUGUCAUCUGCAAACAUUCCCGCACCACCUAUUCCACCCAAUCCCGAAAAAGAUGCCCUCCUGUCCGCGCUUUCGCAAUCCAUCACCCAAGCACUGCAUCAAGACAUGUCGCAAAACGCGGCGUCCCUACCACUACUACAAUCCCAAAACGAAGCUCUCAACAGCUCCCUGCGCACGCUAGAGUCAGAGAUAACCCAACUCCAAGCCCUGCAAGGCACGCUAACCGGCAACAUCACCAUCCUCCAAAAAUCGCUCCGAGAAGCCGAUCAGUGCAUCUCCUCGGCCCACGCACGCGCCCAACGAGGCGAAAUCCCCAAGAUCGACGACAUGCUCACCGCGCCCACAGUGGUGGGGAAGCAGCUGUAUGAUGUCGUGUGUGACGAGCGAGGCAUAGAGGCAGCGAUAUGGGCGCUGCAGGCUGCGUUGACGAGGGGGAGGAUCGGUGUGGAUGUUUGGGCCAGAAAGACGAGGGAGCUGAGUCGGGAGGGGUUCAAGAAGAAGGUUUUGAGGGAGAAGAUUGCGAGGGGGAUGGGGCUGGAGGUGUGA